AACAUUAUCAUAUUACACAAUAUAGUUCAACUUAAGCAAGUAAUUAAUAAAGUUUGAAGAAUUUCUCUAAUUAAAUUUGUUUAUUUCUUCUCUUUAAUUAACAAGUUUUUGGUUUUGAGAAGGCCUGUUCUUUUGCUCUUCUGUUUGCUCUCUGCAUUUGUGUAUUUGCGGAAGUAGCAGAAUUGCAUAAGCAGGAAAAGGCCUAGCUUAAUUACUUCAUCACAAGAAGUAAUUAAUAGAGAUUAUUCAGAGUAAUCACUUGCUUAUUAAUUAGUCUCCAUAUCUAUUAGUCGUAAUGGCGGAUUUAUCCAAAGGUAACGAGGACAAAAGUGUUACGAAGACGAGUAGCUUCAAGAUCUUUGGGAAAAGCCCAGCACGUACCUUGUCUUCCAAGAAAAGUGCAAAUCCAUUAAUGAAGAUGUUCUCCCGCAGCAGGAAGUUAGAUAAGAAAACUGAUGGAUCGGAGUAUGCUGAUGAAAGCGACCCAAGUAACACUAUUGAAGCAGAUACUGAGGUGAUCGGAGAGACAGCUCCGGCAACUCUCCUAGAAAAACUCACAGAAGAUGCUCCAAAGUUUAUUGAAGAAGUGGUUAGUACUUAUGCUAAUAAGACAGAGAAUCUGGCUUCAGAGUUGACAAAGGCUAUUCCAGUUGCCGAAUCCAAAGAGUCUACUCCAGCAGCUGAAGAGAAGAAGAAGCCAGAGUUCUUUAGCAAAAUAAAGAAUGGAGCUGAAAAGGCCAAGGAAGAGCUACAAAGUAAAGCCAAGGAAGAGCUAAAGAAGGUAGAAGGCGGUCUUACGGAAGCAUACAAAGCAUUCACAUCAACAUACAACAAGGCCACAACAAUUGAGCAACAACCUAUAGAUGACAAGAAACUCCAAGAUGUUAAAGAGGUCAAAACCGAUGAAGCGGCGAACGUGCCUGUGCCAUUGUCAAGUCCAACUCCAACAGGGCUAGACCAUCAAGAUGAUAAUGUUGUGGCUGCUACCAGAGCGGCUGAGCCAACUAAAACGGAGGCAACGACAACGACGACGACAACGGAGGCAGCUAGUCAGCCAGGAGAUAACCCUGAGAAUAAGCAAGAGGUAAAUUGUUUCACUUAUUUGGCAGAAGAGCUACAAAAGGUGUGUGCAACAUGGAACAACAACAACAAGAAAGAAGAAUAGUGUUUAUAUUUUAAUUCUUUUUGCAUGGAUAUAUGUAAAUGUAUCCAAUGGUGUAUAAUUGGGUUUUAAUUUUAAUUUGCAAUUUUAAAUUUGUAUUGAAUUGGUUAAUUACAAGGUUGCAUGUAUAACCUUGUUGGGUGUGGAAUGAUUGCAAGGAUACUUUGUGAAUAUCAUAAUAUUAAUUGAUCCUUUUGUUAUAUUUUCGUGCAUGUAAUUGUACGUAAAGAAGAAAUUUCAUAGUUAUCGAUGUAUUUAUAA